AUGGCGUUUGGGUUUGGAGGCGUUCCUGCCGGCGGAGCGGGAGGCGUUACGCAGGGCAACGACUUGGAAGUUAUACAGACAGAGGGUCUUGGAUUUUUAUCCAUUGCCGGCGAUGCCAAGGUUCAGUUGAUCCCUAAAUGGUCCCCUCCUCCAGCGCCCACAGCAUCGCUCCUCGGUAUUGCGUCUCGCAAGGGCCUCGUUGCGGCCGCAGGUCCCGAAGCCGUCUACAUUGCAACAACCGAAUCGGUACGGAAAGCCUUCGAGGGCGAAAAGAAUGGCGACAGUGAAAUCCGGUCAUUCACCCCCCAGGCGACGGUCCCGUUCCCGAUCCGGAUCUCCCAGCUCGCCUUCACGGCCGAUGAAAAAUACCUAGUGCUCUCUGCCGAGACGGGCGGCGGACUUGCAGUCUAUGAUGUCCAAACGCUUACUCAAGGCGGAACGCAGCCUGCGUUUGAGCUCAGCACGAAUCAAGAAACCCUACGGGCACUAAUUCCUAAUCCCAUGCCCGAGUCAGCUGGGCUAUGUGCUGUUGUCACGAAUAACGGGAACUUGUUCAUGGCGAACUUGGUUGAGCGUCAACUUGUGUCGGGGUCGAAUGGGCCAACCCUUCUUUCGCAAGUAAGCUGCGCGGCAUGGAGCACCAAAGGCAAACAACUGGUUGCUGGCAUGGCGGAUGGGUCUAUCGUCCAGAUGACUCCAGAGGGAGUGGAGAAGGCCAGGAUCCCAAAGCCGCCCAAUGUUGGGAACUUUCACGUGGCUUCAAUUGCAUGGUUGGAGAAUCAUGUUUUCCUUGUUGUGCACAACGCGACGAACGGUCAAGAGCCGGCCAUCUUCCACCUCGUUACCCGACAACAACCCCCCGGCGGGAACCCGUCUUUUACGUUUCAGAAGCUCACCGAUCCUGUUGAGCCAUUUGUGAGCGACAAGGCCCCUCACCAUACCCUCUUGAGGCUCCGGGAUUUUCCGCCAAACCUCCAGGAUCUCCUGCUGGUCUCUUCUACUGCCCAUGAGGGCAUCGGGCUGCUGUCAAAGUCCAAGACCCCCUUAACAACCGAUAAGCCGGCCAAUUCUGUCACCAAUGUGUUCACGACGACGGAACUAGCGGAUGAUUCCAAGCGAGCGCAGCUGCCGAUGGGCGAGGAUUUGACCGAGACGUACCCUGUUGGAUCAGCAAUCGACUUGUCCAGUAAGGACAAGGUCUACAAACCCAUUCCGACGGACGAGAUUGAGCUUUCUCCCGGGCCUCUCCCAGGACUGUGGGUGCUCAACAACGAAGGUGUCUUAGCAUCCUGGUGGAUUGUCUACAACGAGUCCAUCCGUGGCGGCACGACGUAUCCUGGGAUUGGCGGUGGUGAGAUGGCUGCCCCUGCGUUUGCGAGCCCGGCCCCAGCUGCCACUACCCCCUCGGCAUUCGCAACUCCUGCUCCUACCAAAGCUCCGGCGUUUGGGUCCCCCUCCGCCUUUGGAGGCCCUUCAGCCCUAGGAGCCAAGACUUCCCCUUGGUCUGGGGGUGCAGGUACCGCGUCCGCUGCCCCAGCGUUUGGAUCUAGCGCCUUCGGCAGCAAACCAGCCGCAGCCGCUCCUAGCGGGCCUACCUUUGGUUCUUCCACCUUCGGGAGCAGGCCAGCUGCUCCAGCAUUCGGUCAGGCCUCUGGCAUGAGCCUGGGAAGUAAAGUUUCCCCUUGGUCUAGCGGAACAACUAGUAGCGCAGGACCGGCGUUUGGCCAGAGCUCGCUUGCCCCUACCGGAAACAAGGUUUUUGGCGGCGGCAACUCCGCGGCGGCCAGCGGUGGGUUUGCAGGUUUUGCCAGCAAAGGGGGCUUCGGUGGUUUGGGCGGUGCCCCAAGCGGCUCGAGCAUAUUCGGUUCCAAACCUGGCGCCCCCCUAACCUCUAGUACUCCCGAUGUCUCGAUGGACACUGACACAGCCUUCCCUCCUCCUGCGGCGAAGACUGACAAGCCAGCGCUUGGAAGCUCACCGUUCGUUCUUGGGACGACUUUCAAGGCGGAUAAGUUCUCUGCCGAUGACAACGAAAAACCCAAAGAAGGAGCCAGUAAAUCCAAUUUGUUCGGUAGCGGGUUCGGAUUGUCUCUCGACGAUGCUGCCAAGAAGCCCCCCGCCGCCGAGUCUAAGGACAUGGACAUGGAAAGCACUACGCCACCUCCGGAAGAGAAGCCCAAGCCGGUCUUCGGGACCGAGUCUACGACCCCUACAACCACACCAGCACCUCAGCGGGUCGAUUUCCGCAGCGCAGCCUCAACUGGUGGAUCCAACCUCUUCGGGUCCAAGCUCCCAACGCCAGGGGGGAUGUCCAAUAUCUUUGGCGCCCCCAGGCCCGCGACAACGUCGAUCUUUGGGACCCCGAAGGCCAAGCAGGAAACCGAAAACAAAGUGGACCUGUCCAAGAUCCCCGAGGCACCUCUCCCGCCUGAUGCUACUAUCUCGAAACCGUCAGCCAAAGCAGAGGACGCCCCGCUGCCGCCCGAUUUCCUAGGCCAGCCGGUGAAGAAGCCAGAAGCCGUGCCAGAAGCUGCGCCGUUACCACCGGACUCCGUGUUCGCCAAACCCAAGCCCGAACCCACGGUCACGACGCCAACAGUUCCCAGCGACGCCCCACUGCCGCCGGACUUCCUUGCCAAACCGCCUACGAAACCAGCACCAAGCUUGCCUACGGUACCGGAUAGCGCAAGUGACGAGGGCCUGUCCGAAGGGCACUCAGAGGGAGAAGAAGAAGAGGAAGAGGGGGAAGGGGAGGAGGGAGAGGAAGGAGAUGAGGGCGAGGAAGGAGAGUAUGAAUCGGAAGCUGGUAGUGAGGGUAGUGGUGUCGAUGUUGCCAAAGACCUCAGCCCGACGAUUGGUUUUAGCGCCCAGACACCAGGUGUAACGCCGCAAAGCUCGUUUGGCGGGAUGGGUGGAAGCACGUUCUCGGCUAUUUCCCGCACCGAGGCGGACCCGUCCCGGCCCUUGUUUGGCGAGAUCGGCAGAAAUGCGCCUCCCUUGUUUCCCAAGCCGACGAUACCGCCCAGCCCCCGUUCGCCCAGCCCAGUGCGCGGCCCUCCCCGCAGCAAUCUUCUGAGGCCUAGCGAGCCUGGCCGCUCUUUCAGCGCUCCUGGGGUAGCGACUCAACUUUUGGGGAGAAAGGCGGCUCCGCUGCAAUCCAGCCCUGUGUAUAGCCCUGGUCAACGCGCCCCGGUAGACCCAAAUGUGCAGGCACAACGGAAGCUCGUCGAAAAGAUGCGAGCGGCGGAAGAGGUAGUUGUUGAUCCGCAAGACGAGGGCAUCCAGCAGAUACUGCAGUCUAAACUCGAGCCUACGCUCCAGAUGAAUGAGCUCUUCACGGUUCAAUCUAAACUGGAGCCGCCGAAGCCGGGCCGUGACGAGGUGCCUGGAGCUGUUGAGUCACUGUGGAAAGAUAUCAACCGCAUGAUCGACGUUUUGGGCCUCAACUCGCGCUCCCUGCAGUCUUUCAUUCUCGGUCAUACCACGAAAUUCAAGCAAGGAGGGCGGACCAACCAGGAUCUCGACAACCCAGAUGACUGGGUGCUCGUCGAGGCCAACGAGCUCGGCGCGGUACUCGACGCCGAGGUUGCGCGGUGCGUUAAGGGACGUAUCCAAGACGUCCAGGCCACCGAGGAUGCUAUCAAAGACUUCGCCAAAGACCUCGCCAAGCUCCGCGCCAAAGAGGAAGACAUGCGUAAGGUCAUCAACACCCACAUCGAUCCGGACCAGCUCGUCGUCGCCAAGUCGCUCCCCCUCAGCGCCGAGCAAGCAACGCAGCAAACCGAGCUGCGCCGAUCCUAUGCGACCUUCUCCCAGCUCCUUGCCGAAGCCGAGGAAGCUUUGACGAUGCUCCGGACUCGCAUUGCCUCGGCCAGUGGCGCCUCCGGCAAAGGCCCCGUGCCAACCGUCGAAGCCAUCAUCCGGACCAUCAACAAAAUGACGAGCAUGGCCGAGAAGCGCAGCGGCGACGUGGACGUGCUAGAGAGCCAGAUGCGCCGGUUGCGCCUCGGCUCUGUCGGGCCAGGAAGUAACGGCAGCGGCGGCACUCCCGGCCCCCGCAGCCGUGAAGGCUCGCCCUUCGCCACGCCCCAGAAGACCCAGCGUCGGUCGCUACUGAUGUCCUCGCCCGAGAAGGACGGCGGCCCUGGUGGCUUCGGCAGCAGUCGGCUGCGGGAGUCGUUCGCCAGCUCGGUCACGUCGUAUGCGCGGGGCGGCAGCAUCGGGUUUGGUACGCCGUCGCCGAGGAAGAAGAUGAGCAUGUACAGCGAGGAAGAGAAGAGGGAGUUGAAGGGUAGGGAGGUGAAGAGGAAGAAUGCGUUGCAGAUGCUGCGGAAUAGCUUGGCGAAGACGGGACCGAAUGUCUCGCGGUUGAGGGAUGAUGAGUGA